GCAGCGGGAGCGACCGGGCCGCGCGGCUCGCGGCCCGGUCGCUCCCGCUGCAGCUGCUGGCCGGCACGCUGUGCCCUGACAGCUGGGCCUCGGCCGCUCUCGUCUCAGCCGCGUCCCGCGCCGCCGCAGGUGACCACUCGCCGCGCCGCCGGAGGCUUCACCCGCGUCCUCCUUCAGGACGCGCCCGCGGAGCUCGGGCGCCUUCGCCCCGGACCCGGAGGCCGCGCUGCACGGGGCGGCGGCGAGGCCGGAAGAUGGCCUGGGUGCUCAGUAUGGACGAGGUGAUCGAGUCCGGGCUGGUGCACGACUUCGACUCCAGCCUGUCCGGCAUCGGGCAGGAGCUGGGCGCCGGCGCCUACAGCAUGAGUGAUGUAUUGGCAUUGCCCAUUUUCAAGCAAGAAGAUUCCAGCCUUUCCUUGGAAGAUGAGGCUAAGCACCCCCCCUUCCAAUAUGUAAUGUGUGCAGCAACUUCACCCGCCGUGAAACUGCACGAUGAGACGCUUACUUACUUGAACCAAGGCCAGUCUUAUGAAAUUCGGAUGCUGGAUAAUCGCAAAAUGGGAGAUGUGCCUGAGAUCAGUGGGAAGUUGGUGAAGAGCAUCAUCAGGGUGGUGUUCCAUGACAGACGGCUACAGUACACAGAACAUCAGCAGCUUGAAGGCUGGAAGUGGAAUCGCCCAGGAGACAGGCUUCUCGAUUUAGAUAUUCCAAUGUCUGUGGGAAUAAUUGACACAAGAACAAAUCCAAGCCAGUUAAAUGCAGUUGAAUUUCUGUGGGACCCUGCAAAGCGCACAUCUGCCUUCAUUCAGGUACACUGUAUCAGCACAGAGUUCACCCCGAGAAAGCAUGGAGGUGAGAAAGGAGUGCCUUUUAGGAUCCAAGUUGACACGUUUAAGCAGAAUGAGAGCGGGGAGUACACAGAUCAUCUUCACUCAGCUAGCUGCCAAAUCAAGGUCUUUAAGCCUAAAGGUGCGGACAGGAAACAAAAAAAUGACCGAGAAAAGAUGGAGAAAAGAACAGCUCAUGAAAAAGAAAAGUAUCAGCCAUCUUACGACACCACCAUUCUCACAGAGAUGAGGCUUGAGCCUAUAAUUGAAGAUGCAGUUGAACAUGAGCAGAAAAAGUCCAGCAAGCGGACUUUGCCAGCAGACUACGGUGAUUCUCUGGCAAAGCGAGGCAGUUGUUCUCCAUGGCCCGACACCCCUACAGCCUAUGUGAAUAACAGCCCUUCCCCAGCGCCCACUUUCACCUCCUCACAGCAGAGCACAUGCAGUGUCCCAGACAGCAAUUCUUCAUCCCCAAAUCACCAGGGAGAUGGAGCAGCACAAGCGUCUGGGGAACAAAUUCAGCCUUCAGCUACAACCCAGGAAACACAGCAGUGGCUGCUCAAAAAUAGGUUCUCUUCCUACACAAGACUGUUCUCUAAUUUUUCAGGUGCCGACUUAUUAAAGCUGACAAAGGAGGAUUUAGUUCAGAUUUGUGGUGCAGCCGAUGGAAUUCGGCUCUAUAAUUCCCUGAAGUCAAGGUCGGUUAGGCCCCGCUUAACCAUCUAUGUCUGCCAGGAGCAGCCGAGUAGCACUGUACUGCAAGGGCAGCCACAAGCUGCAGGCAGUGGAGGUGAAAGUGGCGGUGGGACGCCCUGCGUUUAUCAUGCAAUCUACUUGGAAGAAAUGGUUGCCUCAGAAGUUGCUCGAAAACUUGCCUUGGUGUUUAAUAUUCCUUUCCACCAAAUUAACCAGGUUUACAGACAGGGCCCCACUGGUAUCCACAUUCUUGUUAGUGACCAGAUGGUUCAGAACUUUCAAGAUGAGACUUGUUUUUUAUUCUCCACAGUAAAAGCUGAAAAUAAUGAUGGUAUUCACAUAAUUUUGAAGUGAUACCUUAUACAGACUGAACUCUAUUCAGUACCAAAUAAAGUCAUGCUUAAAAGUGUGUGAAGACUGAAUCCAAGAAGUCUUGGGAUUGGAUUUUACUGUGAAAUGUUUCAUAUUGAAAACACAAGAUGACCUUCCUAAUGAGCUGUAGGAGAGACAAGUCUCCUCAUUGUCACUGCCACAGCCCCAGCAUCCUCGAGAGAGCGAGCAUGUCAGGUGACAUGCAACCAGCUCCUAGCCAUGGUGGGCACAAGUACUUGCUUCCCUGGCAGGGGCCAGCGGACAGAACCUCCCAGAAGCAGUCGCUGCUGCUUUUCACACUGUAUGCGGUUUGAAUUGAAUGUAAAACUCAACCGUGGGCAUUUACCUUUCUGUGCCAGUUUGGCUUUUGUUGCCUGACCUUUAUGCUGAUCUGGGGAGAAGAUAGGGUUGCAUCUGGGGGAGCUGCUCUGUACUAGGCUGACACGGCCGUAUUGGUCAGGUAAGAGGCUAAGCACCUUCUCAGAAGCAGUCAUGUCUGAAGGUGUACAUCAGAGGGGAUCAUGCCAGACCAGAGAAGAGCCCAGAGGAUGAGCAGACUGCACUGUCAGCCAUAGCUUGUGCGAGGUCAGUGUAAACCCUAAUAGGUACAGAGAUUUGGGCGUUUGGCUUUCGCUUCCAGUUUUAGCAUUUUAGUUUCUGAAUUUCACCUUUGAAACCUCCUUGCCUUUUAAACUAAUGUGGUUUCCUUUUCUUGUCUCCCCAUUCCCCCACUUGAGCCUCCCAAGAAGCUAGGACUCCAGGUGUGCACUGCUUGUCUUGUGCCCGGCUCUGUUCUUAACCAUGUCUAAAAGCCCUUUCCCCAGACAUCAGAACUAGGUGAUGGAAUGGGGGAAACAGUAUCAUUGUUGAUAGUUUCUGAUGAUGUUAAAGGGAUUUUUUUUUUUUGAAUGAGACAAAAUUACCCAUGGAAACACUAGAUGUCAUAACAAGACACUAAAAUGUUCCAUAAACCCUCCCCUUCUCCCUCCUCAAACACUGGGUUUCAGUACAAUCAUGGAUAGGUAGUGUGGUGAUUGGUGGGGACUCUAUACUCUGCAUCGUUCCUGCUUUGUCCGUAACAGGUGUGCCUGUGACUCGUGUGCUUGCACACCACCAUCCCCUCCCACCUCCCCACUCACAACCUCUCGUGAGGCCUGUCACAUAUCCGGGUCUUAACAAACUUCCUUCCAUUUGAAUUAUGUAGCGUCUCUGCCCAUUUGCUCAGCUGCUGGCUGUGAAUCCGCUUGUCUGACCCUUGUUGUUCAGGUGGGUAGGAAUAAUUAAGUUUUAAGUGAAAUCUCUUCCAGAAGACAGACUAUUUCAGUGGGUAAAGGCUUUAACAGUUUGUUUUAUUCAUACUGGGGAAUAAUUACUUGCAACAAAACAAACUGUCUCGAUGUUGUCCUCUUGGGUUUCCGCAGUGCAGUAGCCCUGCAGGCCCUUUAGGAGGGAGCGCUCCCGUCCGUCCUUCCCUUUGCUUUGUGUGACCACAUGCUUUCUGUACCAUUCACUUACUUGGGAAAGAAGUGGAUUUAUCUCCUAAUUGUUUUAGAAUUUCGCUUGUCUAUGUAGCUUUCCUUUUUGGAUCUCAUGAUUUAUGGAACAAUAAAUGUCAUUUAAUGCUGUGUGCUAUUUUGAAUUCCUUAUCAGGUUGUAGAAGUGGGGUGAAAGUACUUACAAGCUCCUCAGACUUGAAAUUGUGCUGAGAGGCACCAAGUGCUAGUCCAUCUCAGUGAAACUGUACAUGGCCCACGGCACCAGCAGUUUGCUACUUUGGUUAUAGGAUGUACAGUUCACUGUAAUAAAUGUUUUCUGAUUGUUUUGUAAA